CUGGACCGGGAGCAGCGGGACUCAUACGAGCUCAGCCUCCGAGUGCGGGACGGUGGCGACCCGGCGCGGUCCUCGCAGGCCAUCCUGAGGGUGCUGAUUACCGACGUGAACGACAACAGCCCCCGCUUCGAGAAGAGCAUCUACGAGGCAGACCUUGCAGAGAACAGCAGCCCUGGGACACCCAUCCUGCAGCUGCGAGCCGCUGACCUGGACGUGGGGGUGAACGGGCAAAUCGAGUACGUCUUCGGGGCAGCCACCGAGUCUGUCAGGCGUCUGCUGCGGCUGGGCGCGACCUCNGGCUGGCUCAGCGUCUUGCACCGCAUCGACCGGGAGGAGGUGAACCAGCUCCGCUUCACCGUCAUGGCCCGAGAUCGGGGCCAACCCCCCAAGACAGACAAGGCCACGGUGGUACUGAACAUCCGUGACGAGAACGACAAUGUGCCCACCAUCGACAUCCGGAAAAUCGGGCGCAUCCCGCUCCGAGACGGGGUAGCUAGCGUGGCCGAGGAUGUGCUGGUGGAUACUCCCAUUGCCCUGGUGCAGGUGUCGGACCGGGACCAGGGUGAAAAUGGUGUGGUGACCUGCACUGUGGUGGGUGAUGUGCCCUUCCAGUUGAAGCCAGCCAGUGAGGGUGAAGGGGAGCCGCAGAACAAGCGCAAGUAUUUCCUCCACACCUCAGCCCCUCUGGACUACGAGGCUGUCCGUGACUACAACGUGGUGAUCGUGGCUGUGGACUCAGGCAGCCCCAGCUUGUCCAGCAACAACUCCUUGCUGGUGCGGGUCGGGGACACUAACGAUAAUCCUCCUGUUUUCAGCCAGGCCGUGCUGGAGGUCUCCUUCCCGGAGAACAACUUGCCUGGAGAGAGGGUGGCCACGGUGGUCGCCACAGAUGCAGACAGUGGUAAGAACGCCGAGAUCACCUACUCCCUGGAGGCCUCACCCCUCUCCUCAGAGGCACCAGGCAGCAUCUUCACCAUCGACCCUGAUUCUGGGGACGUGUCGGUGCAGGCUGUGCUGGACCGCGAGCAACGCGACACCUAUGAGUUCCAGGUGAUGGCCCGGGACAAGGGGGUGCCGUCACUGCAGGGCUCCACCAUGGUGGUGGUGCGCGUAGCAGAUCGUAACGACAAUGAGCCACGCUUCAUGCAGGAUGUGUUCACUUUCUAUGUGAAGGAGAAUCUGCAGCCCAACAGCCCCGUGGGCAUGGUGACUGUGAUGGACUUCGACAAGGGCCGCAAUGCUGAGCUCAGCCUCUCCAUCCAACCCGGAGACCUUGAUCAGACAGCCAGCAUCUUCUCCAUUGAGAACGACACUGGGACCAUUUUUUCCACCGUCUCUUUUGACCGGGAGCAGCAGACCAGCUACACUUUUAAGGUGAAAGCAGUGGAUGGAGGUGAGCCCCCACGUUCUGCCACCGCCACUGUGUCCCUCUUCGUGAUGGAUGAGAAUGACAAUGCGCCCACAGUCACCUUCCCCAGCAACAGCUCCUACACCGUGCUGCCACCCUCCAGCAACAUGCGCACCGUGGUGGCCACAGUGAUCGCCACCGACGCUGACACCGGUCUCAAUGCCGACCUCAACUAUAGCAUCGUGGGGGGCAAUCCUUUUAAACUCUUUGAGAUUGACCCGGCCAGUGGCGUGGUGUCAUUGGUCGGCAAGCUGGCCCCCAAGCACUACGGCCUGCACCGACUCGUUGUGCAGGUGAAUGACAGCGGGCAGCCCCCUCAGUCCACCACUGCCCUGCUCCAUGUCUUUGUCAAUGAGAGCCUGUCCAAUGCCACCGUGGUGGAGAGCCAGGUGACGCCUCUGGCCCAGGACAUCGCUGGCGACCCCAGCUAUGAGCUGAGCAAGCAGCGGCUUAGCAUAGUCAUCGGUGUGGUGGCCGGCAUCAUGACAGUCAUCCUCCUUAUCCUGGUGGUGGUCAUGGCCCGCUACUGCCGCUCCAAGGGCAAACAUGGCUACGAAGCCGGCAAGAAGGACCACGAGGAUUUCUUCACUCCGCAGCAGCAUGACAAGGCCAAGAAGCCCAAGAAGGACAAGAAAGGCAAGAAGGGCAAGCAGCCCCUCUACAGCAGCAUCGUCACCGUCGAGGCUUCCAAGCCCAACGGGCAGCGCUAUGACAGCGUUAACGAGAAGCUUUCUGACAGCCCUGGGAUGGGGC